AUUUAUUUGAAAUAAAAACUUGUGCUAACAAAUUUGAAAAUUUGAAAAUUAAGUAAACAUAGUUUUUAAUGCUCACUAGGAUGAAUUUAGUGUGAAAUAUGGUGCCAAAAUACUAGAGGUACUCAAUGUCCAGAAUCAGGGAUCCUCAUGUCCAAGUGAUGCUGCAUGCUUAUGUUCCUUCCAUUUCGAAUCACUCCUCUGCGCUUUCUAGUUCUGGUGUCAUUGAGAAAUCAAUGAAACUGUUACCUGCUCUUGUUAGUUGUUUCCAGGACUUCAUUCCUUUGGUUCAUACUAUGCCUCAAAUAGACACCCGAUCCUAUGAUUGUCUGCUCCUUAUACUUCAAAACAUAGACCUUCUGGUCAGAUUUUUUAUUGAAGUCUCUGAUAAGAAGAGUCAACAAGGCUUAAGAAGAGAACCUCCUAACUGUCACACACAGGAUAACAUAUGUGGUCAAAGUAUUUCUCCGGUGGUUCUUAAAAAGCUUUGGGACGAGUUUCCUUUGAGUACAGGUCAUGGCCUCUUAGAGAAGGGAAAUGAUCGUUAUUUCAGGUUGAAUAUUGUUAUUACGGAAAUAUUUUUGAAGUUAAGCAGUUGGAAUCGCCCUCCCCCUGCGCUGAUGGAGAAAUUUCUGGAGUUCAUUGAAAGCUCACUUUUUGGGAAGAAUUUCCACCGCAAAGAGUCUGGUAAAGUAACUCAUGAAAAGCAAUUGCUUACAUUAGUGUCAUUCACUCCCGAACUUGUUACAGGAUUGUCUGGUGUUUGGAAGUCUCGCAUUCUUCAGGCUUUUACCAAGAUCUUCAAGAACUGCAGUCCAGAGUCUUCAUUGAAGUUGGCCUGCCUUUCUGCAAUUGAAGAAAUGAUGUUCUCUGACAAGUGUUGUCCUUUCUUGGGCACAACUCAUACAAGCCAUCCUGAGAUGCUAGAUCAUCAGAUUAUUUGGAUAAGGGAGCUUCCUUCACUGCUUAUUGUUUUAGGUGAUAAACAUCCAGUAACUUCUAAGACUGUGUUACGUCUUCAACUUCGCUUAGGACAAACUGCUCAUCUGGACUCUCCAUUUGCAAAGGAAUAUGAUGAUAUGCAGGACAUACUCAGAAAUUUUUAUAGCACAGCCACUGAUGAAGGUGUGACAUAUGGUCCUUUCAUGAUGCUUUCAAAAGAUAUUCAAGAACUCUCCCUCUGUUGCAUAUAUUACUUCUCUUCCCUGGACUCGGCGAUACUUCAAUCAUUAGUUCUAUGUUGCCUUUCUCAUGAACUGGAACCGUGUUUACGUUUUCGCAUUUUGGAAGUUGUCCACACUGCUUAUAAAGCUGGACACAUCCAGAUUGGAGAUUACAUUAGUUUUUUAAUCACAUUGGUUUCACGAUUCAAUGAUUAUCCUGUGAACAUCGAUACUCCAGAAAAGUGUCAGGGAAAAUCAUUCCACAGAGCUUUUCAACCGAUUAUUAGUGCAGUUACCUCUUGUUUGUCACGUAUUGGUGAUAACCAUCUUAUUUUCCAGAUGCUGGAGAGAGUAAUUAUUGAUCAAAUUUGUCUUAGCCCUCCAAUAGGUAAAAUGAAUGCCCUUCUAAGGGUUCUUAGUGCAAUUGAUACUGUUCCAACAAGACUUUCAGGAGAGAGCAUUGGCAAAAUAAGCCGCGUUCUUCCGAACUAUUUAUUACUUGUUGCAUCUGAUUUUCUGGGAGAAGUUAACGAGCAGCAGAAUUCCAUGACUACGAGCAUAUCAAAGAGAAGUCAAUACCAUCUUCUUCCUUGCUUCAUUCUAUUUCACAGCUGCAAUGGACUGUUGAGUGAAGUUUUAAAAGGGAUGAGAUCGGUGUUGUCGGAGAACAGUUCCCAGGCUUUGUCCCAACAACAAACCGAAUCCGUCCCACCAAAAAACAGUCUUGUGGCAACUGUGGUGUGCGUUUUUCUGAUUUUGAUCGCCGAUGUUAAAAUGAAGAGACUUCUCUCGUCGUGCAAGGCAGAAACAGAGAGCAUAUUACAAUGUAUAGCCACUUGCUUGUCUUCAGAAGGGAGUAAUAUGGGCCUGGAACAAAGGCACCAGAUACAAAGAGCUUAUGAUAGCUUAAAAGCUGCCACUGCUGUUAUUCCAGCUUGAAUGGGACAGGUCCUGCUUUUUACAUUGUUAACCUACCAUUCUGUUCUUUUACACCCUCCUCCCCUCUGCCAAAAAUAUAUAUUGUUCGAAUGUUCACGGAGUUCAAGAAAAGUGAUGAAUUGUGAAAAUUUUGCGGUUAGAAUCUGUUUAAAGCAGAGAGAGGUUAUGUGAAGUAAUUUAUCUUUUCGUUUAGAUGGAUGAAUAAGAAAAUACUGAAGUUUUU